GGGGGAGGUUAAAUGUAUGACUUUAUUGGAGCGUCAGGAGUGUGACUGACUGUGCGUGAGUGUCACAUGUCACUAUAAACAAGCGGCUGUUUGACACCUCCGCUUCAACCCUCAGAGAGACGCUCCCAGGACAGCAGCUCUGUCUGCGGACUUUAGGCAGCGAUGGCGAGCGGUGACAGUCCGGACACUUUUCAAUCAUGGCUCAACAAGGCUACAGAUCCAAACAACCAGGAAGACAGAUGGGAUUGCAUUGAGGGUUUCUACAAGCAUGUCAUCCAAGAGACUGAUGGGCCACAGAUAGCUCUUCGUCUUAUUGCCCAUAAGAUUCAGUCCCCGCAGGAGAAGGAGGCUCUGCAGGCCCUCACUGUUCUUGAGGCAUGUAUGAACAACUGUGGGAAGAGGUUCCACAGCGAGGCUGCAAAGUUUCGCUUUCUAAAUGAGCUUAUUAAAGUCUUAACACCCAAGUAUUUUGGUGCGUGGACUCCACAAAAAGUUAAAGACAGAGUGACGGAGGUCCUCUACGGCUGGACUCUCUGGCUUAAAGAAGAACCAAAGAUUCAGGAAGCCUACAACAUGCUGAAAAAACAAGGUAUUGUACAGGCAGAUCCCAAACUUCCAGACACUCUCAUCAUGCCUCCUCCUCCACAAAGAACAACAGAGUCUGUUUUUGAUCAGGAGGAUAAAGCUAAACUCUUAGCAAGAUUGUUAAACAGUGGCCGCCCAGAAGACUUGGAAACUGCCAACAGGCUCAUAAAAAGCACCAUCAAGGAGGAGCAGGAAAAGGCAGAGAAAGCGGCAAGGCGGGAGGAAACUCUCAAGGAGGUCGAAAGCAACACAAAGCAGCUCAGAGAACUGCUGGAGCAGCACACUGUUACUGGAGUGUCAUUACAGCCCAGCGAUGAUGUUAAGGUAUGCUCCACAUCACACAGGGAAAUUCGUCUCUCUACAACAGAAAACACAUAUUUACUCUGCAUAACUCAGAUUUUCGGAUCUGUAACUUUAAAACCACAAAUGUCACAAUCGCCAACUAAGCAGGUCUCAGGAUCAGAUAAGCAACAAAAUAAAGACUCCUGGUCACCGCUAAUACUGCAGGACAGUGGAAAUCCCCCUCCUUCACUAAAGAACAUCUUUGUUCCUUUGGAAACCAUCAGAUCAAGUCAGCUGGAGCCAGUCACAUUAUACAACAAGGCUGGUAUCCAUGUGUCACUCCAUUUUGCCAGAGACGGUCCAUCUGGUCAUCCCGGUGUGGUGGUGGCUGUCAUGUCUGCAGUGAACACAUCUGCACUGGAUGUGAAGGAUUUCACCUUUCAAGUUGCCGUUCCCAAGAGCAUGCUGGUGAAACUUCAGCCUGCCUCCAGGACGCAGCUUCCACCUUACAACCCUCUACUGCCUCCACCUGCCAUCUCACAAGUCAUGCUGUUAGCCAAUCCCGAAAGUCGUAAAGUGCGGCUACGCUACAAGCUUUCGCUGACGCAGGGCGACCAGCAGCUUAUCGAGACAGGAGAGAUCGACAGCUUCCCUGAUUGGGCGACUUUGACCUUGCAAAAAUGACUAUUAACGCAUAAUCAAGAAUCCAAUCAUCCUGAUCUAAAAUCUAAACACCGUAGGGAACGGAAAGAAAAACUACGUUUUUGAGAAAGGAACACAGCCAAGGAAAGAACGAUUACACUAUUUAGUACCACAAUAUUAAAAUGUGAAAGUACCGUUGGAACCUUAUUUAAAUUGUGACUUCAAUAAAAGCUGUUACGGUCAA